ACAGCUUGCAUCCACCCACACCAACAACAAUCAUUUAUUUUUGCAUCACUUAGGGCAAAUCUGCCCUGCAGACCUACGCCAGUGAUUAGACCAGGUUUUACUGUCGGGACUCCUGCCUCCACCCCACCCCCCCAUCUUGGGAACUCCAAUUAAGUGAAGAAAAGGAGGCAUAUCCCGGCACUCAGGGAAGAGCAACUCGGAAGGGGCGGCAAGAAACUUUUUCCAAAGGAGCUCGCCGCAGUUUGGCUUUGAUACUGCGCGCGCGCGCCCCUGUGCUCCUUUCUGCAAAGGCUGCUCUCUGCAUCCACCUUCCAAGGAACUAAAGGAAAAUUGUUCAUGACUGCAAAGGUUUGUUGAUGCUACAUAUAUCUGUUGGCAAGAAUGAAGGAUUACCGUCUGUUCAAGACCCUGAGCUGGUUCCUCUUUGUCCUCAUAGCAGUCAUAGCUCAGAUAAUGAACCAUGUCCAGGCUCAAGUGGCCCCACCGUCAAGAUUAAGAUAUGCUGUUGUUGCUCAUGACAGUGUUCAGAUUUCGUGGAAAGCCCCUAAAGGGCAAUUUGAUGGAUAUAAACUCCUCGUCACUCCAAAUGCAGGUGGAAAAACCAAUGAGCUCACUCUCCAAAACAAUGCAAACAAAGCAAUUAUUCAAGGCCUUAUCCCUGAUCAGAGCUAUACAGUUCAGAUAGUCGCAUUUGCUAAGGACCAAGAAAGCAAGGCGGCUCAAGGCCAGUUCCGAAUUAAAGAUCUUGAGAAAAAGAAGGAACCUCCAGGAAAACCCAAGGCCAAGGAUGUAGGUACAUUGAAACCUGCCGUUCCAACGAAGGAACCUGAAAGUACAUCAUUUCCAGAAGUAGAAGAAAAUCAAUUUAGAUGCAAAUCUCCAGCCAUUGCAGACAUAGUGAUCCUGGUUGAUGGUUCCUGGAGUAUUGGCAGAUUCAACUUUAGACUUGUGCGCCUUUUCCUGGAGAAUCUGGUUGCUGCAUUCAAUGUGGAAUCUGAAAAAACAAGAAUAGGCCUUGCACAGUAUAGCGGUGACCCACGGAUUGAAUGGCAUUUGAAUGCCCAUGGCACAAAAGAUGCUGUUUUAGAUGCGGUGCGUAACCUACCUUACAAGGGUGGGAACACCUUAACAGGCCUUGCCUUAACUUUUAUUCUGGAAAACAACUUUAAGCCUGAAGCAGGUGCAAGACCUGGGGUCUCCAAAAUUGGUAUAUUGAUCACAGAUGGGAAAUCCCAAGAUGAUGUCAUACCACCUGCAAAAAACCUGAAAGAUGCUGGCGUUGAAUUGUUUGCUAUUGGUGUAAAGAAUGCUGAUGAAAAUGAACUGAAGGAAAUUGCCUCUGAACCAGACAGCACACAUGUCUACAACGUGGCUGACUUCAGCUUCAUGAACUCCAUUGUGGAAGGACUUACCAAGACUGUGUGCUCAAGAGUUGAAGAACAGGAAAAGGAAAUCAAAGGAACGUUGGUAGCCACUCUGGGGGCUCCUACAGAUUUGGUCACGUCUGAGGUGACAGCCAGAGGAUUCCGUGUAAGUUGGACUCACGCGCCAGGCAAAGUGGAAAAAUACAGAGUUGUCUACUACCCAACGAAAGGAGGACAGCCAGAGGAGGUGGUUGUGGAUGGCAGUGUUUCAACAGCAGUACUGAAAAACCUGAUGUCUAUAACUGAAUACCAGAUAGCUGUAUUUGCCAUAUACGUUACUUCUGCCAGUGAGGGCCUCCGGGGUACUGAAACUACACUUGCCUUGCCGACAGCAUCAGACUUGGAGCUGUACGAUGUGUCCCACAACAGCAUGAGAGCCAAGUGGAAUGGAGUAGCCGGUGCAACCGGCUAUAUGAUUCUGUAUGCUGCUCUGACGGAUGGACUAGCAGCAGAUGAAAAGGAGAUGAAAAUUGGAGGAAGUGCGACAGAUAUUGAGCUGGAGGGUCUGCUGCCCAGUAUGGAAUACACGGUCACCGUUUAUGCAAUGUUUGGAGAGGAAGCCAGUGAUCCAAUUACAGGACAAGAAACAACGUUACCUCUAAGUCCACCGCAGAACUUGAAGUUUUCAAAUGUGGGACACAGCUCAGCUAAGAUAACGUGGGAUCCUACUUCAAAAAAAGUGAACGGCUAUCGCAUUAUGUAUGUUAAGACGGAUGGAACAGAAACCAAUGAGGAAGAGGUUGGUCGUGUUUCAACCCACACUCUGAAGAGUCUGACGUCCCUCACUGAGUAUACCGUUGCUAUUUUCUCCCUUUAUGAUGAGGGCCAAUCUGAGCCACUCACUGGCAGCUUCACCACAAAAAAAGUUCCAUCCCCUGAGUAUUUGGAAAUACAUGAAGUAUCUACAGAUAGUUUUAGAGUCAGCUGGAAGCCACCAUCCUCUGAUGUUGCCCUUUAUCGACUAGCAUGGAUUCCACUGGGUGGGGAAGAAGCUGAAGAGAUUGUCUUAAGCGGUGAGGUGGACAACUAUGGAGUCGAAGGCUUGCUGCCCAGUACAGAAUAUGAGGUGUCUUUGGUGGCCAUCUUCGAUGACGAAAGUGAAAGUGAUGUUGUCGAUGUUCUUGGGACUACACUUGAAAUCACAACUACGGAAAUGACCACCGUAACCACGACUAGUACCACAACUUCCCAGCCUACAACAGCAGUCUUUCGAACAGGAAUAAGGAAUCUUGCCAUAGAUGAUGAAACUACCUCAAGCUUGAGAGUGAAAUGGGACAUUUCAGACCACAGUGUUCGUCAGUUCAGGGUGACAUACCUCACUGCUGAUGGUGGUCAUGGUGAAGAAGUGGUAAUGGUCCCUGCAAUGCAAAACAAUUUGCUCCUUCAACCAUUGCUCUCAGACACUGAAUAUAAAGUUAUGGUCACUCCCAUCUAUUCUGAUGGGGAAGGUGUCAGUUUGUCAGUUCCAGGAAAAACCUUGCCCCUGUCUGCUCCACAAAAUCUCAGGGUGUCCGAUGAAUGGUACAACAGAUUGAGGAUUAGCUGGGAUGCCCCUCCAUCUCCUACAAUGGGAUACAGGAUUGUAUAUAAACCUGUGAACAUCCCCGGACCAGCUCUAGAGACCUUUGUGGGUGAUGAUAUCAGCACUAUCCUUAUUCUGAAUUUACUAAGUGGAACUGAAUACGGCAUUAAAGUAUUUGCUUCCUACUCAAUGGGAUUCAGCGAUGCCUUAGCGGGUGUAGCCAAAACAUUGUAUUUGGGAGUGACAAAUCUGGGAGCUUAUCAAGUCCGCAUGACAAGUAUAUGUGUUCAGUGGCAACUUCACAGGCAUGCAACUGCCUACAGGAUUGUAAUAGAAUCUCUUCUUGAUGGGACAAAGGGAGAAGUGCUGCUUGGUGGAGGAACUCCUAGACACUGCUUCUUUGAACUCAUCCCUGGUACAGAAUAUAAAAUCACUAUUUAUACACAGCUUCAAGAAAUAGAGGGGCCAGGGGCCAGCAUCAUGGAGACAACAUUGCCGUUCCCGACUCAGCCACCACCAACUCCUUCAACCACUACCCCACAACCUACAAUUCCUCCCGCAAAGGAAGUUUGCAAAGCUGCGAAGGCUGACCUUGUGUUUUUGGUGGAUGGGUCAUGGAGUAUUGGAGAUGACAAUUUCAACAAAAUAAUUGGCUUUCUGUACAGCACUGUUGGAGCUCUUGAUAAGAUUGGCCCUGAUGGAACUCAGGUGGCAAUUGCUCAGUUCAGUGAUGAUCCCAGGACAGAAUUUAAACUGAAUGCCUAUAGAACGAAAGAGACUCUUCUGGAGGCCAUCCAGCAAAUAGCAUACAAGGGUGGAAACACCAAGACAGGCAAGGCAAUUAAACACGCUCAGCAGGUCUUAUUUACCAUUGAUUCAGGGACCAGAAAGGGGAUCCCAAAGGUUUUGGUAGUGAUCACAGAUGGGCGAUCACAAGACGAUGUGAAUAAAGUCUCCAAAGAGAUGCAGCUAGAUGGGUUCAAUAUAUUUGCUAUUGGAGUAGCAGAUGCGGAUUAUUCAGAACUGGUUAACAUUGGCAGCAAGCCCAGCGACAGGCAUGUCUUCUUCGUGGAUGACUUUGAUGCCUUUAAGAAGAUUGAAGAUGAGCUGAUCACUUUUGUCUGUGAAACAGCAUCAGCAACUUGCCCAUUGGUUUAUAAAGAUGGCAACAGCUUAGCAGGAUUCAAAAUGAUGGAGAUGUUUGGUUUGGUUGAAAAAGAAUUUGCAACUAUGGAAGGGGUUUCUAUGGAGCCUGGAACAUUUAAUGCCUACUCCUGUUACAGAUUGCAUCAGGAUGCCUUGGUUUCCCAGCCAACCAAAUAUUUACACCCAGAGGGGCUUCCAUCGGACUAUACCAUUACCUUCCUCUUCCGUGUACUUCCUGAAACACCCCAGGAACCAUUUGCUCUCUGGGAGAUUUUAAAUGCAGAACAUGAGCCACUGGUUGGAGUUAUUUUGGACAAUGGUGGCAAAACAUUGACUUUCUUCAAUUAUGACUACAAAGGCGAAUUCCAGACUGUUACUUUUGAAGGGCCUGAUAUAAAGAAAAUAUUUUAUGGAAGUUUCCAUAAGGUGCAUGUUGUCGUCAGCAAAACUACAGCUAAGGUGGUGAUUGAUUGCAAGCAAGUGAAUGAGAAGAUUAUCAACGCGGCAGGCAAUAUUACUUCUGAUGGGAUAGAAGUACUGGGGAGAAUGGUUAGAUCGAGAGGACCAAGGGACAACUCUGCACCAUUCCAGUUGCAGAUGUUUGAUAUCAUCUGCACCACUUCAUGGGCCAACAGAGACAAAUGCUGUGAACUUCCAGCUUUGAGGGACGAACAAAGCUGUCCCCCCCUUCCUCAUGCUUUCUCCUGUUCUGAAGUCAGCAAGGGACCUCAUGGGCCACCUGGACCACCGGGUGGUCCAGGUCUCCGAGGUCCAAAGGGUAACCGUGGUGAUCAUGGUCCACAGGGACCAGACGGACCCCGUGGUGAAAGUGGAGCUCCUGGUCCUCAAGGGCCUCCUGGCCCCCAAGGACCAAGUGGACAUUCUAUUCAAGGACCUCCGGGAGCUACUGGUGAUAAAGGAGAAAAGGGGGAAAUGGGCCGCCCUGGCCUACAGGGUGUCCCGGGAGCGACUGGCUCCCCAGGACGAGAUGGGAGCCAAGGCCAAAGGGGCCUGCCAGGCAAAGAUGGAUCCACGGGACCUCAAGGGCCCUCAGGCCCUGUGGGAAUACCUGGUGCUCCAGGUGUGCCAGGAGUUAUGGGCAACGCUGGGCCACAAGGUGAUGCUGGGCUACCUGGGCUUCCUGGAGCAAAAGGCGAGAGGGGUGAACGUGGAGACCUUCAGUCCCAUGCAAUGGUACGGGCAGUAGCCCGUCAAGUAUGUGAACAGCUUAUCCAAGGUCACCUGGCCAGAUACAACUCCAUCUUAAAUCAGAUUCCAAGCCAGUCUGUCUCAGCACGAACUAUCCCAGGACCCCCUGGUGAACCGGGACGGCAAGGGCUACCCGGACCUCAAGGAGAGCAGGGAUCUCAGGGGAGACCAGGAUUUCCAGGCACUCCUGGCGAGCCUGGAAGACCUGGUGAAAGAGGUUUAUCAGGAGAGAAGGGAGAGCGAGGUAACCCAGGUGUUGGAACCCAAGGCCCGCGAGGCCCACCAGGGCCAGCAGGACCUCCAGGUGAAAGCCGAACUGGCAGUCCCGGCCCUCCUGGUUCACCAGGUCCAAGAGGACCAGCUGGUCACACAGGUAUUCCUGGGCCACAGGGCACAGCAGGCCAACCAGGAUACUGUGAUCCCUCUUCCUGUGCUGGUUAUGGAACAGGUGGCUCAUUCCCUUACAAUGGCUACCAAUACGGAAGGUGAAAUCAGGUAGAAUUUGGUUUUUCUUUCAUUUGGAUGAAGGUCAGAACGCCGGCUGCUGAACAGUCUUGAUUCUCUUUCACCAGCAACACUGAUUAUUACCACUAACAAAGGAUACCUGCUUAGUUUUCUAAUGCUUUCUGCUAGAAUUAAAAUACUUGGCACAUUUUCUCCACUGAACUCAUUGCUAGACACAAGCAACCACUGAACAGGUUGAAAUCCAGAACAGGGUUGUGUACAACUCCUGGAAGAGUUUCAGAAACGGAAAGCUUCUUUACUUAUUUGAGAUAGAACUAAACAAGUGGGGCCUACAACAAAAUGUUGCAGGGUGAAGUGUUCUUGUUUAGGGUUCCAGCAAUUCAGCCAUACCCUCUUCCAGGAUUCUUCAAUUCCCAUCUCCUCUUCCACUGAGCAUGCUUAGUCCUCAAUUAGCUGUUUUUUUGGGGGGGAUUUUGCCCCCCAUCCCUUGCAAAGUUUUCUUUUUGUAUUUUGCAAAUCUUGAGGCUCCUCUAAGCCUGCUGAUGUCUUCUGUGUAAGUGGUGCCAUUUUGGCUGUAUAAGGAUUGGCACUUGGAGAAUCUAGUUCGCUGUUAGUAUACGAUGAUAGAGCUCAGUGCUCUGAUCCACCAGGGGGAAACCACGCACAAAGAAGUUGCAGCUGAUGUGAAUCCAGCCAGUGUGGGAAUCUGGAUCUGCAUUUCCGUGUUCACCCAAGCCCCAAAGAAAAAGCUAGUUGUGUAUUUGGAUGCAAACUGGGAUGAACAUCAAGGGGCAUUAAUUGUAUGUGACUAGUUAAGCACAACUGCGACUGGAUCUAGGCUGGCAUAACUUUUUUUGCACAUUAUGCCUCAGAGUCUGCUAUAUCUUAGAUGAUGCAGUCUGUUUGCAAAGACUAAAAUACAUACUCAGGGAUGUGUUUUUUUUUUGUAUCGUAACAAAUUCUUCAUACCUCCAGUCUUAUCAAAUGUUGAUGCUUUGUAGGGUACACUAGAAAGAAGUUGACCCUUUAAAAAUAGUAUUCACUACAUUAGUUCUGUCUUAAAUAAGUAACAAUGCAGGGCACAAUCCAGCCAAAAUUAAGCACUUUUAGGUCCCUGUGAUUUCAAUGGAAGUGAGCCCCAUGCUAAAGAAAAUUGCUCAUGCUUAACUGUCACUGAGAUCAAUGGGACAAUUUGGUACAUGAGACUUAAGUACAGGUAACUUUUCUUUGGGUCAGGGCCAUUCGCUUUAACUUUCUCCCACUGAAAUAAAUGAGAGCUAAAAGUACUUAAUCUGGGCUCGAUUGUGUCUAUUGGUUUUUAAGCUUUUCUAACCAUGCUGUAUAACACAAUCCAUAUCUAAUACAAUAAGCACACUGUUAUUGCUGGUGAUGAUUUCCGACUAACUGAGCUCUGAAAGAGGAAGAUUAUCAUCAUCUUUCCUCAAUUCAUUGGUACUGGUGCUGAUUUAAUUUUACAAGGCUUAUUGCUUUGUAAGU